AUGGAUGUGAACCUGACGACUGUGGUGGACAGCGGGUAUCUGGAAGCUGACCCCUCCACACGCGUCCUGACCGGAUGCUUCCUUUCCCUGCUCAUACUGUCCACGCUGCUGGGCAACACUCUGGUAUGUGCCGCCGUCACCAAAUUCCGCCACCUUCGCUCCAAGGUCACCAACUUCUUCGUCAUCUCGCUGGCCGUGUCAGACCUGCUCGUGGCCGUGCUCGUGAUGCCCUGGAAGGCCGUGACGGAGAUCGCCGGCUUCUGGCCGUUCGGCGCCUUUUGCGACGUGUGGGUGGCCUUUGACAUCAUGUGCUCCACGGCGUCCAUCUUGAAUCUCUGCGUCAUCAGCGUGGACCGCUACUGGGCCAUCUCCAGCCCUUUCCGCUACGAGAGGAAGAUGACGCCGCGUGUGGCCUUCAUCAUGAUCAGCGCCGCCUGGACGCUGUCGGUCCUCAUCUCCUUCAUCCCCGUCCAGCUCAACUGGCACAAGGCGGCUCAGCCUCUGGCGGGCGUGAACUGUGACUCCAGCCUCAACCGGACGUACGCCAUCUCCUCCUCGCUGAUCAGCUUCUACAUCCCCGUGGCCGUCAUGAUCGCCACGUACACGCAGAUCUACCGCAUCGCCCAGAAGCAGAUCCGCCGCAUCUCGGCGCUCGAGCGCGCCGCCGAGAGCGCCAAGAACCGCCACAACAGCAUGGGCGGCAACUCCACCGCCGAGUCCGAGAGCUCACUCAAGCUCUCGUUCAAGCGCGAGACCAAGGUCCUCAAGACCCUCUCCAUCAUCAUGGGGGUGUUUGUGUGCUGCUGGCUGCCCUUCUUCGUCCUGAACUGCAUGGUGCCCUUUUGCCAGCGCGAGGCGGGCGGUGGAGGAGGCCGAGGCGGACGGAUGGACUUCCCCUGCAUCAGCUCGACGACCUUCGACAUCUUCGUGUGGUUCGGCUGGGCCAACUCCUCGCUCAACCCCAUCAUCUACGCCUUCAACGCCGACUUCCGCAAGGCCUUCGCUAUCCUCCUGGGCUGCCAGAGCCCUGUGGAAAUCAUUUCCUCAAAUUAG